AUGAUACAGAGUAUUUGGCAGAUACUCUGGCUAUUAGGCGGAGAAGGCAAUGGCACCCCACUCCAGUACUCUUGCCUGGAAAAUCCCAUGGACGGGGGAGCCUGGUGGGCUGCCGUCUAUGGGAUCACACAGAGUCGGACACGACUGAAGCGACUUAGCAGUAGCAGCAGCUGGCUAUUAGGUUUCUCUAAUAGCCCAGGCUUGGCUCCCUUCCCAGGAAACACCACUUGGUCCCUUUGCCUGUUGCCAAUGUUCCAGCUGACAGUUACCCCGGCAAGUGCCCUGGCAGAUGAGCCUGUGCAUAUCCAAGCAACGGGCCUGCCCCCACUGCAGAUGGUGACCCUCAUGGCAACCAUGAAGGAUGACAAGGGGAAUAUAUACCGGUCCCGAGCUUUCUACAGGGCUAACGAGGCUGGGGAACUGGACCUGAAGCGAGAUCCUGCUGUGGGGGGCCACUACGUGGGGGUCCAUCCGAUGGGCCUCUUCUGGUCCCUGAAGUCCGAGAGGCCUUUUGACAGGCUAAUUAAGAGGGAUGUGAUGAACACACCCACCUGGAUCACUCUGGAUCUAUAUGACUCAGUUUACAUACACAAGGUAGGCGAGGUUCCGCCCAAGGCCAGCCAGGUGCUGCAGCGCUGGUUCUCCAGCCCCGACCUGCAGCGGGUGCCCAUCCGAGAAGGUCGUGUGAGAGGAGCCCUGUUCCUGCCUCCAGGGGAAGGCCCAUUCCCAGGACUCCUUGAUUUGCUUGGGGGCAUCGGGGGUCUAGUUGAAUAUCGGGCCAGUCUUUUGGCUGUCCGUGGAUUUGCAGUGCUGGCUUUAGCAUAUUUUGCCUAUGAUGACCUGCCCAAGCAGCUGGGGGAGGUGGACCUGGAAUAUUUUGAGGAAGCUGCCAACUUGCUACUAGCUCAUCCCAAGGUCCUAAAGCCGGGAAUUGGAGUGAUAUCUGUGAGCAAAGGUGCAGAGAUCGGGCUGGCCAUGGCCUGCUACCUCAAGCAGGUGGCAGCCACUGUCUGCAUCAAUGGGACCAAUGCCAUCCAUGAAUUUCCGCUCAGGUACCGGGAUCUGGUCAUAAACCCCAUCCCCUCGUUUCCAGAGCGCAUGCAGGUCAGCGUCGCGGGUGCUGUGCGCAUCCGCCACUUCAAGGGCGACCCCCGAGAUGAACGGUAUCAACACAGUGUGCUUCCUGUUGAAAAGGCCCGGGGCCCAAUCCUCUUCAUUGUAGGGGAGGCUGACGAAUGCUUCAAUAGCAAAGAAUACGCUGAGCAGGCACUGGACCAGCUGCGGAGGCACGGCAAAAGCAGUGGAAGGAUGCUGGCCUACCCCGGGGCGGGCCACCUGCUGGAGCCGCCCUACGGGCCCCUGUGCUGUAUGUCCUGGAGCCGCGGCCUCUUCCUCCCCAUGCUCUGGGGCGGGGAGCCUGAGGGCCAAGCGGCAGCCCAGGAGCACUCCUGGCAAGAGAUCCUGAAAUUCUUCAGGCAACACCUUGUUCUGAGCAGAAGCACACUGUAA